GUUUUUCUUCUUCUUUGAUCAUUGAUUGGAUAAGAAGAGUUUACCAAAUGAAAGCCAACAUUUGGAUACAUAUAAAUAGCUAAGCCCUGGACGUUGGAAACGUCUCUGUUUAUCAUUUCUUUCUAGUUUCUUCUUUAUUUUCAUUGCCUCCAAGUUCUCUUUUCAAGUUUCCAUUGGUCGUUCUGAUCUUAAAAGGCUGGUGUUCUUUUGUUUGCAUUGAUUUAACCGAAUGACAAUCACAGCAACGCCUUGUGUAAAAGAUGGUUGCCUCAUGGUUAGGGGCAAGGUGGUGUUGACUGAGGUUCCAAAGAACAUAAUCAUUUCUCAGGCAAGUUCGGGGUCAGCUUUUCUGGGUGCAACUUCAUCAUUUCCCAAUUCUCGCCAUGUUUUCACUCUUGGGGUUUUGGAGGGAUACAAGCUUUUGUGUCUCUUUAGAUUCAAAAUAUGGUGGAUGAUACCGCGCUAUGGGAAAUCUGGAAGUGAAAUUCCCUUGGAGACUCAAAUGCUUCUUUUGGAAGUAAGAGAAGAGUCUGCUGUUGAUGACGGAAUUUCUUCUGAUCCAGCCACUGAAAAUCCAUUUUAUAUUCUCGUUUUGCCUGUUUUGGAUGGAGAAUUCCGGACAAGUUUGCAAGGAACUCCUGCAAAUGAGCUCCAGUUUUGUGUGGAAAGUGGUGAUGCCAAUGUCCAGAUCUCACAAAUAUUGGAGCCAGUGUUCAUAAAUUCAGGGGACAAUCCAUUUGAACUCAUCAAGAAUUCCAUAAAGAUAUUGGAGAAGCACAAGGGAACUUUUAGUCAUAUCGAAAACAAGAAGAUCCCUGCACAUUUGGACUGGUUUGGUUGGUGCACUUGGGAUGCCUUUUACACUGAAGUGAAUCCUCAGGGCAUCAAAGAGGGUCUUCAAAGUUUCUUGGAUGGAGGCUGUUCCCCAAAAUUCCUAAUCAUUGACGAUGGAUGGCAAGACACAUUUAAUGAGUUCCGCAAAGAAGGAGAACCACCCAUUGAAGGGACACAGUUUGCAACUAGAUUAGCAGAUAUCAAAGAAAACAGUAAGUUCAAGAGUUCAGGAUCAGAUGGUGGGUGCAAUGAUCUCCAUGAGUUCAUUGACAUGAUCAAAGGGAAAUAUGGGUUGAAGUAUGUCUAUGUCUGGCAUGCUUUAACUGGCUAUUGGGGAGGUGUCCUCCCAUCAUCUGAAACAAUGAAAAAGUACAAUCCGAAGAUUGUUUACCCAGUUCAGUCACCUAGUAACAUAGGGAAUCUGAGAGACAUUAUUCCGGACAGCUUGGAGAAGUAUGGAGUUGGGAUCAUUGAUCCCCAGAAAAUAUUUGAUUUCUACAAUGAUCUCCAUAGCUAUCUCUCCAGCAGCGGCAUUGAUGGAGUCAAGGUGGAUGCCCAGAAUCUGAUAGAAACCUUAGGUUCUGGGUAUGGUGGGCGAGUUUCAUUGACUAGACAAUAUCAACAAGCACUUGAACAAUCUACAUCAAGAAACUUCAAAGAUAAUAACUUAAUAUGUUGCAUGAGUCACAAUUCAGACUCAAUUUACAGUUCAAAAAAGAGUGCUGUUGCAAGAGCAUCAGAAGAUUUCAUGCCACGAGAGCCAACAUUUCAGACCUUACAUGUUGCCUCUGUUGCUUUUAACAGUCUACUUCUUGGGGAGAUUGUGGUGCCAGACUGGGACAUGUUCCAUAGCAAACAUGAAACAGCUGAGUUCCAUGGUGUUGCAAGGGCGAUAGGGGGAUGCGCAGUAUAUGUAAGUGACAAGCCAGGCAAUCAUGAUUUUGAAAUCCUUAGAAGGUUGGUUUUGCCUGAUGGAUCGAUACUAAGAGCCAGACAUGCUGGCCGUCCUACUCGAGAUUGUUUAUUCAGAGACCCUGUCAUGGAUGGUAAAAGUCUUCUCAAGAUAUGGAACUUGAAUAAGUUAUCUGGAGUGAUAGGUGUUUUCAACUGCCAAGGAGCAGGAAAUUGGCCAUUGAAACAAGCAACUAAAGACAUGGCAAGCACACCUUCAUCCAUUUCAGGCAAAAUGAGUCCAUGUGAUGUUGAGUUCAUUGAAGAGGUAGCCGGGGAAAAUUGGAAUGGAGAUUGUGUAGUGUAUGCCAUCAAUUCAGGGUCUCUCUCUAAAUUGCCAAAGAAUGGAAAUGUUAAAGUGUCAUUGGCCAAUCUUAAAUGUGAAAUAUAUACCAUCUCUCCGAUCAGGGUUUUUGGUCAGGAUAUUCUUUUUGCUCCCAUAGGAUUGCUUGACAUGUACAAUUCAGGAGGAGCGGUAGAAGCCAUGGAUGGCAACAUGAGUCUUUCAGGAUGCAUAAUAAAAAUCAGAGGACGAGGCUGUGGCAGAUUUGGAGCAUACUCAAGCUCAAAACCAAGGUCUUGUAUGGUGGACAUGAAGGAAGUGGAAUUCAUCUACAAUGCUGAGAAUGGAUUAUUAACAGUUGAUCUACAAGGUGAUUGCAACUUGAGAGAUAUUGAGUUUGUCUAUUGAGGUAUCAUUUAUCAUGUCAAGUGACAAGCAUUCAUGUAGAAGCCAGGAACCAAGAAGGUGUUGUGUGUCGAUUCUUUUAAACAAGCUGAAUAUGAAAUUCUAUGUAAAUGAUUUACCGUAUGAUGUGAUCCAUCCUUAUUCAUGACAAGCAGUUGGUUUCUCUUGAAAAUGAAAAGCAAUUGUAUUUGUUCAAGUCAUUUUACCAAAGAUGACUUCAAACUUCAAAGUCACUGCUGAAAGCUUCAAGCUCAGGUUUCAGGACUGCUACUUACUAUUCCCUUGUGCUCCAAAAUACUGCCAUAAAUUGACUCUUCCUACAGUUGUAUGACCCUCAUUUUUAUUUUAUUUGUUCCAUGGCCAUCUGCUGUGGCCUUGGAGGAGGGUAGACACGUUUUCUCCUCAGUAUUUUUAUUUCAGAAUCAUGGUUUACAAAUUUCACAAUCUCAAACACAUAAAACAACUAAACUAAUGUCCAGAUUUCAAGUUUGGUCUUUUUAACAUCAAGAAACAUGUUAUCUUUUUUGUCAAAUACAAGUUGGAGCAAAUUGUUAAAAUUUAAGAUUUAAAUGCAAAGUAUCUAGAUUUGAAUUUUUAAAAAUUUUUUAUGGAUAAAUGA